GAUCUUUUCUGCGUACUAUAUGUGGCUUUAAUUUGUCUUAAUAAAUCUCUCUCUAUUUUAAAUUCCACUUUUUAAUGAUAGCUUUAAUAUAAUAAAUAGUCAAGUUGUAACUGUAGUAAAAAGUUGUCCACACUUUUAUUUCUCACAGCGUAGAUAUGUCUGCUGCGAGCUGCCUGCUGACUGAAGAUCAGUUCCUGUGCUCCAUCUGUCUGGAAGUCUUCGACGAUCCUGUCGCCAUACCAUGUGGACACAACUUCUGUAAAAAGUGCAUCACCGAACACUGGAAAGCCAACGCCCCGUGCCAGUGUCCCAACUGUAAGAAGGAUUUCAACACAAAACCCGAGCUGCACGUCAACACUUUCAUCGCGGAGAUGGCCGCUCAGUUCAGACGGUCCGCUCAACAGAAAGAGAGCUGCAGCAACCCAGAACAAGAAGUCAACGAACGAAAAGAAGCCGCUGAACUGGGAAACGUUCCCUGCGACGUCUGCACUGGACCUAAACUGAAGGCUCUGAAGUCCUGCCUGGUGUGUCUGGCCUCCUACUGCGAGUCUCACCUGGAGCCUCACCUGACAUCCUCACGUCUCAACAGACAUCAGCUGAUCGACCCCGUGGAGAACCUGGAGGAUCGGAUGUGCGAGAGGCACGGUAAGCCGCUGGAGAUGUUCUGUAAGAACGACCAGAUGUGUGUCUGCCUGCUCUGCGCUGUUCUAGACCACAAGACGCACGAUGUUGUUCCUCUGAAAGAAGAAUGUGAAGAAAAGAAGGCCGAGCUGGGGAAGAAAGAGGUGGAAAUCAAGCAGAUGACCCGGAAGAGACGACUGAAGAUUCAGGAGAUCAAACACUCAGUGGAGCUCAGUGAUGACAAUGCAGAGAGAGAGAUGGCAGAAGGUGUUCAGGUCUUAACCGCUCUGAAAGAAUCUGUUGAGAGAAGCCAGGUCGAGUUCAUCGACACGAUCAAAGAGAAGCGGAGGAAGAUGGAGAAACAGGCUGAAGGCUUCAUCAAGGAGCUGGAACACGAGAUCUCUGAGCUGGAGAAGAGGAGCGUUGAUGUGGAGCAGCUCUCGCAAUCUGAAGAUCAUCUAGAACUCCUCCAAAGCUUCCCGUCUCUGAACACUAGUCAGUCUACCAAGGACUGGACUGAAGUCAGAGUCCAUCCACCUUCAUAUGAGGGGGCUGUAGUGAGAGCUGUGAGCCAGCUGAAGGAGACGCUCAGCAAACAGAUGAAGAUGUUUGAGGCCGAGCUGAAGAGGGUCCAGCAGUACGAGGUGGAUGUGACACUCGAUCCUAAAACAGCAGGUCCCCAUCUAAUCCUGUCUGAUGAUGGAAAACAAGUUAAAUGUGGUGAUGAAGAGAAGACCAUUGAAGACUCUCCAGAGAGAUUUGAAUUGUGUUGUGUCUUAGCAAAGCAGAGUUUCUCUACAGGCAGAUUUUACUACGAGGUUCAGGUUGAAGGGAAGACUAACUGGGAUGUGGGAGUGGCCAGAGAGUCGAUCAACAGAAAGGGAAAAAUCACACUGUGUCCUCAGAAUGGUUACUGGACGAUAUGGUUGAGGAAUGAAGAUGAGUACAGUGCUUGUGCUAACGCUCCGGUUAGUCUCUCUCUGAGUUCUCAGCCUGAGAAGGUGGGGGUGUUUGUGGACUAUGAGGAGGGUGUGGUCUCUUUUUAUGACGUCGAUGCUGCAGCUCUGAUCUACUCCUUCACUAACUGCUCCUUCACUGAGAAACUCUACCCAUACUUUUCUCCCUUUCUUAACAAUGGUGGUAAGAACUCCGCCCCUCUCAUCAUCUCUCCUGUCAAUCAAACUGAAUAAAGUAACCGAUUCAUAGGAAGGAUCAUUUCUGUCUAGAUAUCCAUUAAAAGGAUGACCAACAUCGGAGAGUUGCUUCUGAAGGUGUCUUUACAUUUUGAAAACGGACACACCUGAUGUCCGUGGUCCUGCUUAUGGUGACUUGUUUAACAAACAAAAAAAAUGGUGAAUGUGUUUGUUGACGUUCUUAAUUUUAUUGAAUUUAUUGAGACGACAUUGUGAAUUGUAAACAUAUUGACAACAAAACUAUUGGAACUUUUUAUUGUAUUCACCACUUUUUAUUCUUGCUUUGGCAGAAGAGUUCAAAUCAGGGUUUUUUUGUACCCGUCAUUGAUUGCUCUGUUUUAAGAUUAAGAUUAAGAUUUACUUUAUUGAUCCCACAAGGGGAAAUUCUGUUUUGGUCAUGUGUGUUCUUUGCAUUUGUAUUUGAAGUAUGGGAAAAUAAAUUACAGCCAGAGUGGCCAAAAACUAA